UCACAGAGUUUACUCUCCAAGUCCCCGGCACAUCCGCUCUCCCUCUCUUUCUCACAUUCCCCCGCUCGCUUUUGUCGUCUGCAAAAGCAGGAAAAACAGCUUCUUCGAGGUCCUCCUAUUGUCUCUGAAGCCAUGGACGACGACGUCCUGCAGCGCGUCUUCCAAGAAGGAGGUCGAGACUACUUCAACCAGCAGCCCUCCACCUCUUCAUCAUCCUCCAUACUCCAAUCUCUCCCCCUCCACGUCACCUUUGAUCAUGGGUAUUAUCUGUUGGUGAAAGCUGUUCAAGAACUCCGGGAAAAGAAAGAGGGCCUUGUGACAGUUGGCAUAGGUGGUCCUAGUGGUUCUGGCAAAACAAGCUUAGCAGAGAAGGUAGCAUCUGUACUCGGUUGUGUUGUUAUAUCAAUGGAGAACUAUCGUGAUGGAGUUGAUGAUGGGAAUGACUUGGGGUUAAUAGACUUUGAUACCUUAGUCCAGAACCUUGAGGAUUUGAUGAAUGGGAAGGACACAUUGAUGCCAGUGUUUGAUUUUAAAGAGAAAAAGCGUGUUGGUUCAAAGACAAUAAAGAGUUCUUCAUCCGGUGUGGUAAUUGUUGACGGUACAUAUGCUCUACAUUCAAAAUUGCGGUCUUGGCUAGAUAUUCGGGUGGCAGUGGUUGGGGGUGUUCAUUUUAGCCUUCUUUCCAAAGUACGAUAUGAUAUUGGAGACUCUUGUUCAUUGGAUUACCUAAUUGACAGUAUCUUCCCAUUGUUUAGAAAGAACAUUGAGCCAGACCUACAUCAUGCUCAGAUCAGAAUCAACAAUAGCUUCGUUUCAUCUUUUCGAGAGCCUUACUACAAACUAAAAUGCAAAAGUGAGUCUCCAAAUGGGCAUGCAGCUUACCCUUUUCAUGGAAAUGAAACACAAACGGAGAAUUUUAUCGAGAUGUACCUUAGGCCACCAUCUGCACAUGAAGAAGCAAGGAUUAAUGACUGGAUAAAGGUGCGACAGUCUGGUAUCAGAUACUAUCUGUCACUAGGCGAUCAGAGGAUUGUUGACAAGAACUACAUUAUCAGACCAAAAGCUGAGUUUGAGGUUGGACGGAUGACUCUUGGUGGGCUGCUCGCUUUGGGCUACAAUGUUGUAGUUAGUUAUAAACGCGCAUCUACAUCAAUCAGUAAUGGCCAGAUGUCAAUGUCAUUUGAAUACAUUGAUACUCUCGAUGAGACGUUUAUGGUGUUAAAGGGCACAGAUAGGAAGGUACUUGGUGUAGAAGUGUCAAGGAUGGGUAUCAAGGGACCAUGGAUCACCAAGUCAUAUUUAGAAAUGAUUCUAGAAAGCAAAGGUGUACCACGUCUUAAUACACCACCGCCUUUGUCUGCUACAUCUUCGACUGGGGGUCAAGAAAGGGUCAUUGCUGCACCAAAGCCAAUUCGUGUAACUCGAAACCUUGUAAACAGGCUUGAGGAUCUUGCUCAGCCAUGGACUCGAUCUCCUACAAAACCCGAGAUGGAUCCUGUAGUCGCAAAAUGGCAUUUCAUCUCUGGUCCAUCAGAUGACGACAAUUCUGUCAAAGAUUCUUCUGCUUUCAGGGGCAUCAUUCAGCUUGCACCUAUGCCUGAUUCAUAUGACUUAGACAGAGGUUUGCUUCUUUCUGUUCAAGCAAUUCAGGCAUUGUUGGAGAAUAAGGGCCUGCCAGUUAUAGUUGGAAUUGGAGGUCCAAGUGGAUCUGGGAAAACUAGUUUGGCUCAUAAAAUGGCGAAUAUUGUUGGUUGUGAAGUCAUUUCCCUAGAAAGUUAUUACAAAUCUGAACAAGUUAAGGAUUUCAAGUAUGACGACUUUAGCUCUUUGGAUUUAUAUUUACUCUCAAAGAAUAUUGAUGACAUAAGGAAUCACCGAAGAACAAAAGUGCCAUUCUUUGAUUUCGAGAAUUGUACUCGGAGUGGAUUCAAGGAUCUUCAAGUUUCUGAAGAUUGUGGAGUGGUAAUCUUUGAAGGGGUCUAUGCUCUGCGUCCUGAAAUCAGAAAGUCACUUGACUUGUGGAUAGCUGUUGUUGGCGGGGUACACUCGCAUCUGAUUGCUAGAGUUCAGAGGGACAAGAGCCGUGCUGGAUUUUCUAUAUAUCAGAAUGAAAUUAUGACAACAGUAUUUCCAAUGUUUCAGCAACACAUUGAGCCCCAUCUAGUUCAUGCACAUCUCAAAAUACGGAAUGAUUUCGAUCCUGUGCUCUCUCCAGAAAGUUCACUUUUUGUUUUGAAAAGUAAUAAGCAGGUGGCCUAUCAAGAUAUACUGAAAGUACUCGACCCUGGGAAAGUCUGCAGUUCUGUUCAGAAGUUUACUGAUAUAUAUUUAAGGCUUCCUGGAACACCUUGUAAUGGGCAGCUGGCAGAAAGUGAUUGCAUACGGGUUCGGAUUUGUGAAGGAAGAUUUGCCUUACUGAUACGGGAGCCUAUAAGGGAAGGAAAUUUUAUUGUACAGCCAAAAGUGGACUUUGAUAUCAGUGUUAGCACAGUUUCUGGCCUUCUUAACCUUGGGUAUCAGGCUGUAGCAUACAUUGAAGCAUCUGCAUUUAUCUACCAAGAUGGAAAGGCUACAUCUUGUAUAUUGCAUUCGAUUGUCAAACUUACCCACCAGAAAAUGGUAUUGAAGUAUAGACUAGAUGUCUAUAUACUCCCCCCAACAAAAUGGUAUGGUUAAGAGAAAGAACAGACAUCUCCUUGAAGUGGCGCGUGCCCUUAUUUUCAAGAUGAGUGUUCCCAAGACUUUUUGGUCUAAUGUUGUUCUUACUGCAUCUUAUUUGAUAAAUUGCAUGCCUUGAAGAGUCUUAGGUGGAAAAGCUCCAAUUCAUGUCCUUCAACCGGACAAGUCCAUGUUUCCUAUACUCCCAAAAGCAUUUGGAUAUGCAUUAUUGGUUCAUGUUCCUAACUUUCAUUGUUCUAAAUUGGAUGCCAAAGUCUUUAAGCGUAUGUCCCCACGUUAUUCCAGUUCAAAUAUGGGAUAUAAGCGCUAUUUGCCGGGUAUGUGUGACGAACAAUUGAUUCCCAUGGAUUUAAAUUUCUUUUAAUUCCAUUUUAAUCUUCUUACAGGGUGUCUUUCGUGCCCUACUCAAUUUGAGGGGAAGCUCCCUACUCUUGAUAACAUUCCACGUUUUAAUUUUGAGCCCUUUUUUGAUACAUCUGUCAGCGAGCCUCAUCCUUCAUCUCAGUCAUUGCCCUCACCUUCUCCUUUGCUCCCUUUACCACCAAGACAAACUGAAAUUUAGAAGGCAUGUUUAAUAGAAAGAUAUGGAAGAGGGCAUUUUCUUCUGUUACACCUCUAUCUAACGCUCGAGAUCCAGGCAGGCUCUUAUCCAUUCCUUGCGCUAUUCCCUCAAAUAAGGAUCUUCCUAUUUUCUGGCAGAAAGGGAGGCAUACAUGUACUUCUCACUUCAAAUUAGUAUUCCUACGAUACCAGAAUGCCUACAGACUAGAAGCUUCGCCAGAAGCAAGCAAGACGAGCCCGAACUUGCUUAACAAGUCUAAAGCAUAUCUUAUCUGAUACAAGAAGAUCCCUUUUUCACACUUUUCCACUUCCAAGCCAAGGAAGUGCUUCAGCUCACCGAGCUCCUUCAUCUCGAACUGAAUAGAGAGAUGUUCACGAAUUCUCUGUGUCCAAGAAGCCAUCUGUGAAGCCAAACGAGGGUAAAGAAGACGGAUGAUAGUCAAACUGGACAUGGACAGCGCAUACGACAGGCUAAAUUGGAGAUUCAUCUUUCAAAGAAUCUUUCUUUUAUAAUAGCCCUGCAUUUCAAAGUCUUAGAUUGCAGCAAUGGUAAAUGGCAGACCAGGAAGCUUUCAAAAGUCGAAGAGGAAUCCCCCUACCUAUACAUAAUGAUUGCCGCACACGAUCCGAUUCAGCGACAUUUCAAAAUCAUGUACCCAUUUGCUAAACAUCCAACAUCGGCUCAAUACAAACCGUUUCACUCGUGCUUAGCUUACUUACACUCAAAAAGAGACUUCCCUAAUUGACUUCCAAUAAGAAAUUACUAACUUUAAACUUUGCCAAACAUAACACAGCAUGAGCACGCCGUUUUUGUGUUGUCAAUAAAGGCCGGCUCUCCGCACAGUCAGGCGUACACCACGCACCCUUCAAUCCCAAACUUCUUUGAUCCAGUGACCUUGAUAGUUUUUCUUAGCUUUUUUGAAGCCAUGGGAAGAUUCCGAUUCCUUUCCGCCAUGUUAAUUUGUCACGCUCCAAACUUGGUAACCAGGCUCACAAAAUUCC